AUGCAGCAAAACAGCAGUGUCACUGAGUUCAUGCUAUUAGGAUUGACACAGGAUCCUCAGAGGCAGAAAAUGGUGUUUGCAAUCUUCUUCAUUUUCUAUGUGGGAACACUAAUGGGUAAUUUGCUUAUUAUUGUGACCAUCAAGUUCAGCCGGACACUUGGGAGUCCCAUGUACUUCUUCCUAUUUUAUUUGUCUUUGGUUGAUACCUGCUUUUCAACUUCCAUAGCCCCAAGACUAAUUGUGGAUGCUCUGUCUGCAGAGAAAACCAUAUCUUACAAUGAGUGUCUGACUCAGGUCUUUGCACUGCAUUUAUUUGGAUGCAUGGAGAUCUUUGUCCUUGUCCUCAUGGCCAUGGAUCGGUAUGCGGCCAUCUGUAAGCCCUUGAAUUACCCAACCAUCAUGAGCCGGCAAGUCUGCAUCAUCCUGAUUGUUCUUGCGUGGAUAGGGUCUUUCAUACAUUCUAUGGCUCAGAUUAUCCUGGCCUUGAGAUUGUCCUUCUGUGGGUCAAAUCUGAUUGAUCACUACUGCUGUGAUAUGCAGCCCUUAUUGAAACUUGCCUGUAUGGAUAUUCAUGUGAUGAACCUACUGGUGGCAAUUAAUAGUGGGGCCCUUUGUGCUAGCAGUUUUGUAAUUCUGAUGAUCUCAUACAUUGUUAUCCUGCAUUCACUGCGGAACCACAGUGCAGAAGGGAGGAAAAAAGCUCUCUCCACUUGCACUUCCCACGUCACUGUGGUUGUCUUAUCUUUUGGUCCAUGUAUAUUUAUAUAUACGCGCCCACCAACCACUUUCCCCGUGGACAAGAUGGUGGAAGUGUUUUAUACUAUUGGAACACCCUUCCUCAAUCCACUCAUCUACACACUGAGGAAUGAAGAAGUGAAAAUUGCCAUGAGACAGUUAUGGCAUGUCAGAAUUACCUCAAAGAGCAAAAGAUGA